CCCAAUGUCCAUCUACAUGUCUCAAAGUAUAUGGCUAAAAUGUAUUUUUGGGGGUAAAACCAAUCAUCAUUAUCACCAGAGUCAUCGAUGCCGUCGCUGUUGGUUGUCAAUCGCCUGCGCAUAUCUCUCCGUCUGUCCAUCCCCAAGAGUUUGACCAAAUGACUUUGCUCUGGAAUUGGGGCUUUGGAUGGUUAUUUGCUCUAUUGUAUCGUCACUGAUCUACAAAUUACCCGGCUGAUUAUUUAGAUGGUGUUGUUGUUGUUGUUCUUAUUCGCUCUCGAUGGACGCAGCAAUUGCUGCGACAGUGGCGAUAUUGGUGGAGACUUCAAUCAGCGUCCCCCAGCGACUAAAACAGCCAAAUGAUCCAAAUCGUUUUGUUCAUUUCAUCGAAAAUCAUUUGCCAUCAAUCAAUUAUCGGAACUAAGUGCUCCAGUCUACAGUCCAAGGAUAACCAAAGAAGAGCUGAGAUGCGUUUUUUCGUCUUGUUCUCUUGCCUAGCAGUGGGUGCAGUCACAGCUCGUCCCGAACCUCCAGUUUCCCAGUAUCUGCCCCCCAAUCAAAGAGAUCAUGCCGUUGAGUCCCAUAUCUAUCAACAACAGCAACUGCCCUCUGAUCUUGGUUUCGCCGGCUUUGGUGCUCCGUCUACAAAUUAUGCUGCUCCCGAUGCUUCCCCUUCGCCCGACACCAUUGCACCAGCUGGCAGUGAUGUAGUGGGUCCCAAUCCACAAGAGGAUUCCUAUAAUGCCGCAUAUCGCCACUCCUCCUCCAGCCAGCAUGAAAGCGGCUAUGACAACGGUCCCAGCGAAACUCAAGUACAUAAACACAUUUAUGUGCAUGUGCCUCCCAAGGAUUUCGAAGAGGAUGAUGCUAUUCAACCCCGUGUCACGCAUCAAGCUGGUCCCAAACAGAAGCACUACAAAAUCGUUUUCAUCAAGGCUCCAUCUGCUCCUGCUGUGCGAGCACCCAUUGUACCACCAGCACCUCAAAAUGAAGAGAAGACCCUCAUCUAUGUGUUGCAUAAGAAACCCGAAGCCCAUACCGACAUCGUUAUCCCAACUCCCGCACCCACCAAACCCUCCAAACCAGAAGUAUUCUUCAUCAAAUACAAGACCAAGAAGGAAGAGGCUCCCGUCUAUGGUCCACCACCUGGCAACUACAAUAGCGAACCUCGCCAAGCUGUUGAACAGCCAGCCGAGGAGUAUUCUGCCCCCAUUUCAAAUGAUAUCAACGAUUAUGUGGCAGUGGAUCCUAGUCAAUACGAACAACAAGUCACCACAGCUCCUUCAGCUGUUGAAGAAGCUCAACGCCAAUUCGCCAAUGGCGAACAGGCCCCUGAAGUUUACAAUGCCCCCACAGCGGGAUCCUUCGUGGGUGAUGAGGUUCAAACCACAGCUGUGGAACCUAGCAAUCAGUAUUUGGCUCCAGAAACAACUGCAGCUCCAAUUGUUGUAGCUGAGAUGGAAAGUCAACCCCGCGCACCCGCCUCCACCUAUGGCCCACCCAACCGUUUCUUCGUCAAGAGAAGAAAGUAAGGAAUAGUAUUUGUUGAUGUGCACUGUGUGGUGCAUCGGCUACAUAGACUUAUAGGCAAAUUAUUUGUUAUCGCUUUGUUUCGUUACCCUAGA